AUGGACGCAUCCUUCGCCACGGUAAAGGAGGAGGUGGAAGUGGAGCGGUGCCCCACUCCUUAUGGCCGGCCAUACACGGCGUGGCCGCACCUGCCGCCGUUCUUGACGAAGACCUUCGAGAUGGUCGAGGAUCCGGGAACCGAUCAGGUUGUCGCUUGGAGCAGAACUCGGAAUAGUUUCAUAGUUUGGGAUGCUAACAUGUUUGCUUCUGCUCUGUUGCCGAGAUAUUUCAAGCAUAAUAACUUCUCGAGCUUCAUCCGCCAACUCAACACUUAUGGAUUUCGAAAGAUUGAUCCAGAUCGAUGGGAAUUCGCGAACGAAGAUUUCUUAGGAGGCCAAAAACACCUCCUCAAGAACAUCAAGCGAAGGCGCAUCACAACGCAAAACUCAAAUCAAAACCUCGAACUAUUGCAUUCCGAGCACGAAUCAGAGCUACAGAGACUCAUGCUAGAUCGAAACACCAUAAUGCUCGAAAUCCUCAACCUCCGUAGCCAACAGCAGAGCUCUAAGGCUCAGCUGAUCCAAAUGGAAGAAAGAAUACAGUGUACAGAGAGAAAACAGAGGCAUACGAUGGCAUUCCUUACGAAAUCGAUGACAAGUCCAAGUCCUAUGUUCAUUCAGCAACUACUGAACGUGAGUUGCAGUGGAAAGAAGAGGAGAUUGCCUGGGAGCUACACUUCCGACGAAACUGAGGGGAGUGAAGCGACAGAGGAGGUUAUAUGGGAUGAGUUGUUGAGUAUUGAGGAGGGAGAAUCGUCGGGGAUAGUUGUUGGGGAGGUAGGGGAAAUGGCUGUAGAGCCUAGUGAAUGGAGUGAAGAUGUGAAUGAAUUGGUGGAGCAAAUUGAGUAUUUAGGUUACAGGGUCUAAGAUGUGGAGUUUGAAGUUUUUAGUGUGUAGGUGUGUAUAUUAUGUGUAUUGCGUUUUGGUUUGUUGUUGCAGUUGUUGCCUUGAGUAUAGCAAAUGGCUGACUAGAACUUUUGAAUGGUUAAUUUUGAGUUUGUUUUC